UUUUUUAUUUGUCAAACUGAUGUGUAGUGAUUACAUAUAUACUCAAAGGUUCCACUCCUAAAAUUUAGGAAGCAAAGCAUUUAGGAAACUUCCAGCUUACUAGUUUUAUGUUAACUAUGCAGAGAUAUAAAUUCAAAUAGUAUGUUUUCAAUAAUAUUUUCAGGGUUUACUGUUCAUCUAGGUGCUACAGUAUUAAGUUACUUACCUCUUCAACAUACGUGUGGUUAAUAUGACUGUUGAACUACUGGGAAAGCUAAGAGUUGGGGGAGUACUGUGGCAGUACUAGAAAUUAAUCUAGAAGUGCAGAAGUCCUUUCACAUGAUCUACAAAUUGAGAACAUGAUUUUUCCCGAGAGCUAAGAAUAUAAAAUUAUUAAUUACAUUUUGCAUAUUUGCGGUUUCGAAUAGUAAUAAUGACUCGCAUGGCUGGCAUUUCUUGACAGUUAAUGGCUCUCUGAAUUUAAGAUAGAAAUAAAUAUCCUCAAGAGGGCAAUUAGUUGUAUUUAAUGACCCAAAGCAGAGGUGGCUGUUCCCCACCAUACUUUCCUUUGAAAAUUGCCGCAGUAAUGUUUAUACAGCGGAAGAGAGGAAAAUUUCCUAAAUUAAACUAAUGCUUCUUGUGAGUAGUUUUGUGGGUCAUCUACUCAUGCAGCGUAGUUGAUUAGUUUCAAUUUAGGAUAUGUAAAUAGGUAUUAAAACUGAAAACUGCUGGUUCCUUUCAGGAGGAACAGUUAGGUGAGUAAGAGAACAUUGUCCCUGCUGAUUUGUGCUCUGACUCAUUCUUUGCAUUGGCUUUAGCAGAAAGGAUUCCACUGCAAUAUGUUGCUGCCUCUACUUAAUGGCACAGGAAAAAAUGUUCAACUCAUAUUGAAGCAGGAAUAUGUCCCAGGCUGCCUUGUUCAAUAACAGUGUGUCAGAAAGUGCAUACUUGAGUAUUUUCUAUCAAAAUAUUUUUUUUUCAAAAACAAAAUAAGCCCGUGACCCUCAUACAUGCUCUUGACUUUAUUUAUCUUCCCAAAAGGGUAUUUUGCUUUUUUAUGGUUAUGCUGCAUAAACUGUUUUUGCAGAGUUCUACUUCAAAAUAAUGGCAGCCUUAAAACAUACAGCAGGUUCCCAUUUGGGACCAUUUGAAAUAUUCCCAAGAAAUAGAUUCACCAUAUCAGGCACUGUGAGCUUCAGGUUUCUGAAGAAUGAUGGCUUGUGCAUGCUGGGCCAAACCUUGGUACUGGACAGUACUGAAAAAAUGCUUGCUUUUAGCACAUAAAUUUAAUUUAUUAAAUGAUUGGACAUUUUGACAGUAAUUCAUAGCAUGUUCUGAUCUGCAUCAAACACAACUGUUAUUAUGGUACUUUUUUCACAAGUAAAAAGUUCCCUGUUUUGGCUGUGUUGGGAGUUACCGGUUUUGACUGAUGUUGUCUUUGCAUAUGAGAUGGAAUCAUUUAUUUCUGGUUGAGCAUGCUAUCCAGAUUUUGAACGGAAAUUAUUUACCUUUUAGCUUCAAAAGCUGUUAAAAACAGACACCAUAGUUCUAGCAGUAAUUAUAUUUGAUGAAUGAAAUUUGUGUGGUAUUUAGCUUUAAGUGUGUACUUCAUUGAAAUAAUUGUGUCUAUUAUGUUCUAUAAAAAGAAAGUUGCAUACGAGUGAGAACCUUGCUUGAGAGAAAAUGUACAUACCCAGUAAUUUUCAGUACAGAAAUGGAAAAAAGUGAUUGUGUGAAGCUUUUUUGCAUGUGAAAAGAAUUGGUGAGAGUACAUGUUCCAAAAGUGAGAAUGCUGUGACAAAAGGUACCUGCCUCUUGCUUGAGCACUUUCACUGUCAAAAAGCUUACCUAUUUAAACUACCAGAGCAUGGUCUUCUUUUUACGAGGUAUGUGAUUGCCAUUCAGCAACGACUGCCUUUGAAAUUACAGGAUCUGUCUUUCUCAAAGAACAAGUGAGGGCUGAAAUGAAAUUGCUCUGAAGUUAUCUUAUUGGUCCCUUUCUUUCAUUUGAAAUUUCUAUCCUUACAUAAUUUUGGGGAAAUUUGAGAGGGUAGGAAGAGGUAUGCAUGAGAAAAGGAACACAAGGUGCAUGUGUAAUAAUCAUGUGAAUGCUCAUGGUAAAAGCCCUGUGAAUAAAGAAAAUAAAUGUGUGACUGCUUACAGAAGGGAUCCUUUUGAGUUUGUUGGCUGAAAUGCUAAUGACUUUUACAAAGAAUGAUAGCCAAGAAAGGCCAUAACUAGCAUGCCUGCAGGUUGGAUAAGUACGACUUGAAAACAUGUUUAAGUAUGGAGAUUUGCUGUGUGAUCCGUGGAGAGAUUUCAUACAUCAGACUGAUAAACAGAGGAAGGUGCUGCCUAGAAACCAUCAGGAAGCAGUGACUACAUGAGCAGCACUCAGUUUCCUUCUACCUGGGACCCAAAGACUUCAGUCCUCUUCUUAGGUUAGGUAUUGUCUUCCCAAAAGCGGAUGACAGCUUGUUUAUUGUUCUCAAAACGAAGAUACGUCUGACGACUUUCGUAACAGCCGAAUGGCUGACGCUCACUUCCCACUGAAAGCAUUUGGCUGGGUCCAGGCAGCAGCUUGGGUGAGGUCAUUCUCCUCCUCUUCUCUUAAAGCUGUGCAGAAAAGCAUAUGAUCAUCACAUUGAGAAGUUGCAAAACAGGAUGUAGCGAUUUGCUUAGGGAGCUGCAGUGGUGAGGGAAUGUACGUGAGAUUAUUUUUCAUAGUCAUUUUUUUUUAGGAACAGUCUACAGACACCUGUGAGUCCUUUGUUGUAUACUGAACAGUGCUGGUUUGAGAAAUACAGGAUAGCACGAUCUUUUUGGCUAAACUAAGGGCGCAGACCACUUUUGCUCUCACUCCCCUUGUUUCCUUCCUUCAGUUUAGAAGGACAAUUCAUGAUAAAGCAGCAUUUUGUAAAACUUUGAUACUUUACCUUGGAACGUGAAUGCUUCUAGUUAUUUUUUUCUCUUAGGGUUUUUAUGACAUGCUUUCAUCUAAAGCCUUCCUAAACUUUUCAUGUUCCAGAGUGUAAAAUUGAGUGGCAUAACCUAAGUUUUCAGCUCUUUAAUCAUGUUUAAGGGAGCAAAUUCUAUUGUAUUUAUACAAGUUAGUCAAUUAACUGGAGGUAUGUGCUUUAAAUGUCUCUAUUCAAAUCAGGUGGCCACACAUACUUUGCAGUCAGCUGAGGGAGAAAGGGUGAUUCACCUCUUCCAGAUUAUCUCUGAAGAUCUUCCUAAAUAUACCCUAAAUUGCCUUCUGAACUCACAGAAGCUCUAUGGCAUCCACAGCAUCCUGUGACUAGUAUUUUCACAAGUAAUUGUAAAAUUAUUAUUUCCUUUGUCUAUUCCUACUUGUAUUAUGAGAGACAGCAAUCAUUCACUUUCCUUGUGCCACUAAUAAUUCCUAGACCUAAUAAUUCGUAGACCUAUGUGAUACCUUUUUUCAGUCACUUUUGAAUGGAGAUCAGACGAAGCAGAAUUGAACGUAGCACUGAAGAUAAGAGGUGCCAUGGAUGUGUAUUAUAGCAGUCCCGGCAGAACACUACAGCUUCUUUCCCUCUUCAGUGUUCUUGGCUUGUGGAGUUAUAAGCCUCUGUGGAACUUAAGAUGGAAAUACUGACAUGAAUUUAAGAGCUUUGAUGCUUUCAGAUGUUGAACUCUGAUUUGGUAAAUGACCAGGAAUAAGAUACUGCCUGAACAAGCUGAAAUGCCUUGAAGACCUUUGGUUCUGCUUUCAUUCUUCCUGAAGCAAUGGUUUUCUCAGCAAUGUUGACACUGGCCAGUCCUGGGACCUCAAAUACUACUUUUAUUGUUUAUGAAAAUGCCUACACGAAUUUCACCACUCCACAGUUCUUGCUUCGUAGUGGCACAACACAGCCAUUGAGAUAUAGUUCAGGUGCUGUGCUUACCACUGAGAGAAGUACUUUUCUGGUAAAUGCUACAGCUAUUCUGCCGUCGCAAGAAGUUUUCAGGAGCUUGAGUUUGCCACUCCAGAUCAUUCUUUCUGCUGCUAUGAUAUUUAUCCUAUUGGUUUCUUUCCUUGGAAACUUUGUUGUCUGCCUCAUGGUCUACCAGAAGGCAGCUAUGCGAUCUGCAAUUAACAUUCUCUUAGCAAGCCUGGCUUUUGCAGACAUGCUGCUGGCAGUGCUGAACAUGCCUUUUGCUUUGAUAACAAUCAUUACCACUCAGUGGAUUUUUGGGGAUAUAUUCUGCAGAGUCUCUGCCAUGUUUUUCUGGCUUUUUGUCAUAGAGGGGGUAGCCAUUCUUCUUAUUAUUAGCAUUGACCGAUUUCUUAUCAUAGUGCAGAGGCAAGAUAAACUGAACCCGUAUCGCGCAAAGAUUCUAAUUGUGAUUUCCUGGGCAGCAUCCUUUGUUGUUGCUUUUCCAUUGUCAGUAGGGAAUCCUAAUCUGCAGAUACCCUCGAGAGCACCUCAGUGUGUUUUUGGCUACUCUACCAACCCAGGUUACCGAGCGUAUGUGAUAGUUAUCUUGCUAAUUUCCUUUUUUAUUCCAUUCCUGGUAAUGCUGUAUUCUUUUAUGGGCAUACUCAACACCGUCCGCCACAAUGCAGUUCGUAUCCAUAGCCACCCUGAUAGCAUAUGCCUCAGCCAGGCCAGCAAACUUGGUCUUAUGAGCUUACAGAGACCUUUUCAGAUGAAUAUUGAUAUGAGCUUUAAAACUCGUGCCUUCACGACCAUCUUGAUUUUGUUCCUUGUCUUCAUAGUCUGUUGGGCACCCUUCACCACUUACAGCCUUAUUGCCACAUUCAACAGCCACUUCUACUACAAGCACAACUUUUUUGAGAUAAGCACUUGGCUCCUUUGGCUCUGCUACCUCAAGUCUGCACUGAACCCACUGAUUUACUACUGGAGGAUUAAGAAGUUUCAUGAUGCAUGCUUAGACUUGAUGCCCAAAUACUUCAAGUUUUUGCCACAGCUACCUGGCCAUACAAGGCGGCGCAUUCGACCCAGUGCCAUCUAUGUGUGUGGAGAGCAUCGGUCUGUAGUGUAAAGCUACAGCUGUAUGACAAUGAUUGAUCGUUAUUUUCUGGGAUUAUUUGAUUUUAGGCUUUAGGUUGAUUUUUGUUUUUGUUCCAUAUGGCUUUUUCAGUGUGGCCAUAUCUUAUAACUUGAUUAAAUUUUCUGUGCAAUUUUGGGAGGAAAGACGGAGGGGAGGUGAUCGGUUAUAGUUGGGUUUACUACCAGAAUACAAUCUACAAAAAAUAACAAAUGUUACCUCUAGGAUUCCAUGGAAAUCCAUUCUUUUAAACAAAAAUUGCAUUUGUAACAUUUUGUCAGGUUUAUGCUUACUAGACCUGCAAUUGCAUCUAAUUGUAGGGAUUUUUUAUGCUGCUAAGAUACAGUAUAUUCAGUUGGUGUAAUUUUUCUGAAAAAUGUUGCUGCUGUCUGCCAAUAUAUUAGAGCCAAAAAGUCUCAUUAGAUAACUUCUAUUUAAUUUUAACAAUAUUUCAGAAGUUUUGGUGGUGACACUAUAAAACUUUUUUUCUUUUUUAAUAUUUCCAUUAAUAUUUUUGUGCACUUUAAAGAAAUUGCUAUAGAAUUUGUUCAUUGGAAUAUUUUGUUCUGUAUUGAAGGGGUAUUAUUGUUGUUAUUAUUUGUUAUAUUGGUGAAUUUCGAUGAAAGUCCCAUGUAAGCUCUAGGAGGGCAAUUUAUGUUGGUAUAGCUACAAUUAGAGUCAUGGAUUUGAUAUUUUUCAAACAACUGAUCAGAAGUAGCAUUAACUGCUUAGUUCUGAGGGGAGCUGGAAGAAGAAAAGAAAGGGAAAGAAAGCAAUGGAAAUAUCGUAUCCUGAGGUUUAGGCUAAUAAAAGAUUUAGAAAAAGGGAGUUCACUUGAAAAUUGUUGGAGGGGGAAACGGUAGCUGUGGUGUGGUUACUUAAGGUUGUUAGACGCUAUCCAAGCCUAAUGACAUGCGUGAAAAGCUGUCAGAAAUUGUGACUCUGUGCUGUCAGUUCACAGUAUGUUGGUGUAGUGCUGUUUCUGCAUGAAGAUCAUUUAAGGCUAGGUAUGCUCUAUAUGGCUGAAAUCAUGCUAUCAGGUGUUCAAUGGGAUAGAAUUAGGGAUAGUAGGGGAAACCUAUGUAGCCUACAUAGGAACAACUGUGGGGGACGGAAAUCCUUAUGACUUCUUUUCCAGUUUAAGUAUUAGAUUGAAACCAUAAUCUGGUACUAAUGAUUAACAGUUGGCCAGCAGUUUGCUAGGGAUGGAGUAAAGUUCCCCUUUUUCCCUCUGAGACUUCUUUACAUUCAUUUUUCUUUGCCCCUUUCCUUCUGUAGUGGCUGCUGCUUCAAGGGUUUACUUUACUGUUCUCAUGCAUUAGGCAUCGGGUUCUCCCCCUGAAAUGACAAACCACCCUUUUGGUUAGUACCAGGCUGUCUCAAUACCUGCCUGGAAAGUAGAAAGACAAAGGUCUUCCUUGACCAUAGCAAUCCAGGCUCAGAUGUUUUUCUUUUCAAUCAGCUAAAUAAAUAUUUAAUGAGAAGCAAGUAAAAUAAGACUUAGGUUUGGGCUUUGAAGUGAGAUCCCCAGUUCCUCUGAGCCUAGGAAAGAAUGCUCGCAGAACUUGCGUGUUCUUGCAGCAGGUUUUUGGGGCUGUCUGUGAUGGGGUACAGGAGGAAUAAGGCACAAUGAACUUGUCAGCCAGGGCUAGGGGUUGGGCUUCUCUUGGUUCCAGCUGUCUGUCCAGCAUGGGGUCUCUUCAUUAUUCUUGUUCCUGAAGAGCAAAUAAGAGCAAUUUUAUCUAUUGCUGCAUGAAUUCUGAACUGAGUGUAUGAAGGAAAUGCUCUGUACUGCGUGGAUGUCCAGGGACUGCUUGCUCCUGGAGGCCAGCUAAGCGUUUCUAGCACAGAUUUUAUUCAAGUCUUCAGUGAAGAACUACUUUAACUGUAAUUUCUGUUCCUCUCAUUGACAAUUAUUGGUAAAAGUGUUGGCAAUUUUUACAUUUUAUGAGAAUAAAAGGAAUGAUUCUGAAUUUUAGUAAUUUCAUUUUUUAACAACAACAACAAAAAAAGCUUGUUAAUGCACUGCUAUUGGAGGUUCUGGAUUGUGAAGACACCCUGGCGGGGCUGAUGUUAUUGAUGUCCAUGCUUUCUAUUCCUUGUCAACUUCACUGAUGAUACGGAUUUUUCUGAUCAAAAUGAUAGGCGGUAAAGGAGUUCCGCUGUAAAACAGAGUGUUUUAGUGUGUCUUUGCAGUAUAGCUUUUAUUUCUCAAUUACAUUUACAUUGAUGGCAAAAGUUUAUGACCUGGAUUGUAUGGAUUUUCUGUUUCAGAGCUGUCAUCCUUGUUUACCUCUGAAAGCAGCAAAAUUGUGCUUAGAGUUAAUGUAAUAUGGUAAGAGUACACACUGUCUAAGAUGGCAGAACAGGUAUUUUUUGCUGUCUUCCAGAGCUAUGAUAUAAGGGGCUUGAACAAAUGUAAAAUAUAGUAAUUCAAAAAGGAAUGAGAAAUACAGGAAGGUGAGAUGGUUUUCUUGAAGGGGAGGGGAAAGGGAAAAGAUUGUUGGGGGGAUUUCAGAAUCUCUGAUAAGUACUUGCUGUGAAGUAUAAAUUGCAAACAUCAAAGAAAGUUAAUCUGUCUGAAUAACUUGGUGUUUGUUUAUUACUACUCUACCAAGGUUUCUGCUCAGAGCUGGGCCUGCUGAUACCUGGAGAAAAGAAACGCUAAUUGUGUAGCCCAAAUUCAAAAGCGACUGAGGUGGUGAUACAGUAUUCACACUUACCAGGUUUUAGAGAUGAUGACAGCAUGCAGUAAACAAAGGGUGUUCAAACAAACAUACAAAAAGGUGUCAGAGAAUAAUCCCUAGGAUAACUGUGUUUACAAAAUCAUUUGGCCUAUUGUAUCUAAUACACUGUCUUUAGAGCAGUGCCUUGAUUGUUACAGCUGAAGUUCUAGGACCAAGUUAAAGACCACUGAAACUGCUCAGUCUUACUGUCUGUGAUCCUGCCAAAAUAAGCCUGACCUUGCAAACAUCUGUAAUGUUAAAACAUCUGCAUGUUUGCAGAAUUAGGGGCUACUAAGGCAUUUUGUUGGGCUUGAUCAAGUCAGGAUUUUAAAAAACAAAGUUGAUCGUUCUCGAUUCUACUGGCAAAUUACAACAGUCUUCUCCAGAAAUUAUACUGGUUACUAAACUGCAUUCCCUUAUGUUACAUUUUCAGAAGUCUUUGAUGUGGAGGAUGGAAAUGAAUGUAUUUUCAAUUAUGUUUGUUUAAUUCAUUCUGUGAAAGCAUGCUGCUUACACAAGGCUCAUUUGUAGAAAUCUAUUGCUAAAAUGAUUCUUUUGUACUCAAAGUUGUGUAUUUUUGACAUUUGUUACUCAUGUAAGAAAAUUUAUGUAUUUAGAUAAGAAAAUUGUUUUGCCUCUUACUGUUUUCUGUUACUUUCUUAAUUUGUAUGCCAGAUGCUUUUAUAUAUUCUUUUGAAUUUGGGCACAUGCAUAGACAGUUGCAAGACUUUAGUGGUCUUUCUGUAACCAUUUGAAACUUUCAAUUCUCAAAUCAUUCAACAGUGCCCUCCUAGAGAGAGAUCUUGAUUUAUUUUUAAGUGAAAAAUAAAAAUUCAGAGCACAAGUUUGUUGUGGUUGCAAUGGUGACAAAUUUCUUAAGUCCAGUUUUCUAGGAGACACUACUUUGCCAUUAUGGACUGGUUUGAUUUUUUUUUUUUUUUUUUUUGGAAUAGUCAUUUUCUGAAGAAAACUUGAACUACUCUUUUAAAACAACCUGUUAAAUAGAAUGGUAUUGUCUUUUCUAUGCCUGUGAACAUACCUGAGAAAUAAAGAAACAAACAAA